AUGGCAGAAAACAAGGACGGCAGUGCAAAGAAUGCAGAUGUGAGGCCCAAAAGCAGCCGGAGCAGAAGUGCAGACAGAAAGGAUGGGUAUGUCUGGAGUGGGAAGAAGCUCUCCUGGUCCAAGAAAAGUGAGCAUUGUCCUGAUGCUGAAACAGCAAACGCUGCAGGAAGGUCAGGGACUAAUUUAAGGAGCCAAGAGAGGAAGUACAGCUGCUCAUCCAUCGAGCUGGACCUAGACCGGUCCUGUGGGCACAGGUUUUUAGGCCGGUCUCUCAAACAGAAGCUGCAGGAUGCUGUGGGUCAGUGCUUUCCCAUAAAGAACUGCAGCAGCCGGCACCACGCCUCCGGACUGCCAUCCAAAAGGAAAAUCCAUAUCAGUGAGCUGAUGCUGGAUAAGUGUCCUUUCCCUCCACGCUCAGAGCUGGCUUUCCGGUGGCACUUGAUCAAAAGGCACACGGCCCCUAUAAAUCCAAAAGCAGAAGAAUGGAUAAUUGCUGACUUAUCCCAGCGCGAGGAAAGGGAGGAUCAGCUGCGAGACGAGGAGAUUGCCAAUGGGGGAAUGGACUCUCCCUCCCAGUGCUGUGACUUCACUGACAGCGGUUCCUCUCGGGGUGACCCGAGGCCUGAGCUGGUGACAGGUAAGGUAGCAAGGAGCAGCAGAGAUGAGAGCGACAUGGACUCCGAUGAUGAAGUCGUAACUCUGUGCACAAGCUCUCGAAAACGAAACAAGCCCAAGUGGGAAACGGAUGACGAGCUGCUGCGGAUGGAAACGCCCCCGAAAUACCACACCCAGAUUGAUUAUGUCCACUGCCUAGUGCCAGACCUCCUCCAGAUCAAUAACAAUCCCUGCUACUGGGGAGUCAUGGAUAAAUACGCAGCUGAGGCGCUGCUGGAAGGAAAGCCAGAGGGAACGUUUCUGUUGAGAGACUCUGCCCAGGAGGACUAUUUGUUUUCCGUCAGCUUCAGGCGCUACAGUCGCUCCCUCCACGCCCGGAUAGAGCAGUGGAAUCACAACUUCAGCUUUGACGCCCAUGAUCCCUGUGUCUUCCAUUCUCCUGACAUCACGGGACUCCUAGAACACUACAAAGAUCCAAGUUCCUGUAUGUUCUUUGAACCACUUUUAUCCACUCCCCUGAACAGGACCUUUCCCUUCUCUCUCCAGCACAUAUGUAGAACGGUCAUUUGCAACUGUACAACUUAUGAUGGUAUUGAUGCACUUCCCAUUCCUCCCUCGGUGAAGCUGUAUCUGAAGGAGUAUCAUUAUAAGUCAAAAGUUAGAGUGCUCAGGAUUGAUGUACCAGAGCAGCAAAGCUAG